GCCGUAGCGGUCGCAUCGGCCGGAGCGGCGUCCUGCUCGUGUGUGAGGAGAUCUAUAUUGCAGAGGGGGGAACUGGCUGACUGGCGGCUCUUCCCCCUCCCCUCCCCCCUCCUAACGGCCGUUCUCCUUACCCCGUUUACCUCAGAGCCGGCCGAAGGAUGUCUUCUCACCCGCCGCGCGUGAGGCGAAGCGGCUCGCCGACCCCGGCCACCUCCCUCGCGGCGGCGGCGGCGGGGGGUGCCGCGGCUGUGGCAGCGGGAGCAGGCGGGGCCGCCAGCGCCAACAGCAGCCGCCUGCAGCCCAUGCGGGCGACGGUGCCUUUCCAGCUCAAGCAGCACGGCAGCCCCACGAGGGGCGGCGGCAUUUCACGAGGGGCGGCGGCGGCGGCGGCGACGACAUCGCCUCAGCCGCCGCCUCCACCUUCUUCUUCUUCUUCGCCGCCGCCGCCUUCUUCCUCGCGCACCGCCAGCCCGACGCGCCCGGCGCCCGGUAAUGGCAGCGGCGCGCGCAGCGCCGGCGGCGGCAGCCCUGCCGUAGCCACGCAGACCCCUGCCGCCGCCGCCGCCGCCCUCCCUCCUCCUCCUCCGCCGCCGCCUUCCACGCGCGGCAGCCCCACGCGCGCUGGCGGGGGCGGGCCUCGCGGGAGCCCCCCUCGGCUGCACCAGCUGCCGCCGCCGCCCCCCGCGCCGCCAUUGCCGGGCACGAGCCCUUCGCCUUGCUCCUCCCCGGUUUCGCCGCCUGUGCCCGAGAGCAGCGCCUGCUCCGCCGCCGCCGCCGCCGCCGUGGUCUCUUCGUCGUCCUCCGGGGGAAGGAUCCGGCACCGGCAGAGGAGGCGGUCGCCCGAGCACAGUAGGGCCUCUCCGGAGAGGAAGAGCCCGAGUUCGCCUGUUUGCAAAGUUGAUAAACCACGGCCACCUUCAUCAAGCCCUUCCAGUAUUGCUCGACGUACCCCUUCACUAGACCUACUUGCUGCUCCAUAUCUUGCUGGACAAUGGCCUCGUGAUAAUCAUGGUCAAGCUGCACCAUGCAUGAGGGACAAAGCCACACAGACUGAAAGUGCUUGGGCUGAAGAAUACUUGGAAAAGAAGAAAGGCUCUCAUAAGCGAUCGGCAUCUUGGGGCAGUACAGAACAACUUAAAGAGAUAGCCAAGCUACGCCAGCAGCUGCAAAGAAGUAAACACAGCAGCAGGCAUCAUCGGGACAAAGAAAGACAAUCUCCAUUCCAUGGUAAUCAUGCAGCCAUUAACCAAUGCCAGCCACCUGUCCCAAAGAGUGUGCUAGUUCCUGUGAUACCAAUUGCCAAGUCAACAGGAUCACGCUUCCGUAACAGCAUAGAGGGCCUGAAUCAGGAGAUCGAAAUAAUUAUAAAGGAGACAGGAGAGAAAGAGGAACAACUUAUUCCGCAAGAUAUUCCAGAUGGGCACCGAGCCCCACCACCUUUGGUGCAGCGGAGUAGCAGUACCCGCAGCAUUGACACGCAGACUCCUGGCGGGGCAGAGAAGGGCAGCAACAACAGCAGCAGAUCCCAGUCUGUGUCCCCAGGCUCAUUCCUGGCCAUUUCCAAUGAGGGCAGUGAGGAGAGCCCGUGCUCUGCUGAUGACCUACUUGUAGACCCCAGAGAUAAAGAGAAUGGAAACAAUUCUCCUCUGCCCAAAUAUGCCACCUCGCCCAAACCCAACAACAGCUAUAUGUUCAAGCGUGAACCUCCAGAGGGCUGUGAGAAGGUGAAAGUCUUUGAGGAUAGCUUGCCAAAGCCCUUGCAUGAAAUUCCGGCUUUUUACUGUCCUGACAAAAAUAAAGUAAACUUCAUUCCUAAAAGUGGCUCUGCUUUCUGCCUUGUCAGUAUCCUGAAGCCACUUCUUCCCACACAAGAGCUUACACUCAAGGGUGCUACUCAUAAUCUGACCGUCACACCUGGUAUUACACCUGCAUUGCUGCAGCCUAUUGCCAUGGCCUCCAUCUCUGCAAAUGCAGUCCAAGAGCGGCUCCCUGGCGGAACAAACAAAAUUAUACCACAGAUGUCGGUGCUGCAGCAGUCAAGACAUGGUGAAGAAACUGAAGGAUAAACUUGGUUUUGUUAACUUUUAAGAGAACUUUAUUGAAGCUAGUUGUGAUUAUGCCUUCCAAAUCACAUCUGUUUGCAUCAUGAUUGCUGGCAAUUCCAUAAACAGGUCAUACUAGUACCUUGAUCUCCAUGACCGUGACAGUUAGGCUGGCGUGAGAUCUAGGAAAAGGAGUGGCAGAGAAACUGCUAUACUUGACUUGGGAAGGCUCAAAUUAAAUCUCUGGCCUGCACUUUUUUUAAAGCUUUGGUACAAUAAAGGGAGACAGGUCAUAAUGCUUUACAAUUUGGGAAGACCAAUUUUUCUGAUGCAUCUUCAAUUUUGAAGAAGGAAACAUUCAAGACAUACCAGCUGUUCCUUGCAAAAGAUCUGCAAGGGAGAAACAAGCAAAUGGCACUGUAAGAAGUAUUAGUUCAUACAAAUACUGAGCUUUUUGAUGCAUAGCAGAAAGCAGGAUGAUCCCCCUUUUCUUGCUACAUCAUUUCCACUCUUGGGACCAAAGGACUGAAUCUUCUCAGCUUUCUACGAUGUGACCAGCAUUCUGUGAUGUGACCACAUCCUCCUCCCACUUAAGCUUAAUCUCCUUCAGACCAAGAAGAGAAGCAAUAUUGGUACAUUACGUGCAUUGGGGUGGGAGGUCAAGCACUCACAUAGAGGUACCUGUCUGGAAAUAGUGUUUCAGAGCACUUCUGCCAGUGGUGUAAUGAUUUGUUCCUAGUGUGUUUCAGAACAAUAUUCCCUUCUCCCUCUCCCCCCAAAAUGCCAACUAACUGUCACAUCAGUGCCUCCUGGGACAUCUUGGUUUGUUGUGUCGCUUUCAGAUUCUAGAAUUGCCUUUUGGUCUAUACCCAAUCCUAUCAUGUCUUGCCACUACUAUAUAAACUGUGUAGUCAUAUGAUCUUGAAAUGGCCAUGCAUGGUUCUUCCUGCUUGUCAAAGUACUGUCUUGUGGGUCUCUUGAGGGUAAAGUUUGUCAGGCAUGAUAUUUGUUAAAGCAAUUUAUUUCAGUGGAUAUAGUCUCCUUUUUGACUGGCAAUAUUGUUAGGGUGUUAACCUAAGGAUCAUUUGAUUCUUUAAUAUUGGUCUGCAGUUGUGGCCCAUUUCAUUUCUUUUGUGAUCUUCCUAAAAAUAAUUGUAAUGGUGUAACAAUCAGAAAUGGGAUGGAGUUUCUGUUACUAAAUCUGUUUAUGAAGGGUAAUGAAUAAUCUGGGAAUGAGAGAUUUUACCGAGACUCAUUAAACAACUAGAGCUAGAGCAGCUGCUUAAAGGCCACACUUUCAGAUUCCAAAACGCCUCCAAAAUGGCAAAUUAUCAUGGAAGGUAGGCUAGUACUUUCAAAGGAGCUAUUAGUACAGAAUGAUUCAAAAUUAAUUGGUGCCAAGCUAUGCAGUUAUAGGAAAGUUUUUUUUUUUUAAGGGAGGCUUUCCUGGUAUCUUUAGACUAACGAAAAUAUUGUAGCAUUAGUGUGACCAUUCAGUUUGUGUGAUUGAAAGGCAUAGCAAUACUGUUAUUGCUGUUCAUCUUACUAUGUCUAUUCAUCACCAGUAACCACGUUUGGAGUGGGUCACACCAACAUCCGUUUGUUCUUGCAUUCAUUUUUGCUUGCUUAGUAAUACCAGAUAUACCAGCUCCUAUAUUGCUUGGCCUUUUGGUUUCACUCUAUGGCUUUUUUUGUUUUAAAAAAACAAAAACACCUCUCCAUACUCAGGGUAUACAUACCUACCCAGUUUGGUGACCACUUUGUACACCUAGCAAAGUGGGUUCUGGGCUACAAUAUACUUGUUAGUCUUUAAGGUGCUAUAAGACUUUGUUGUUUUUGCUGCAACAGACUAACAAAGCUAUGCUUCUGGAACUAUUUUUAAAAGUGUUAUGUCAUCAUUUUUGUACCUUGGUCCUGUAUUGUACUUGCAUAUCUUUGUUUCUGCUGUGUUCUGCUUACAUAUAUUGUAUUAGCACAGCAAGAUGGUCUGAUCCCCCCUCCCCCCCCCCCAAUUCAUUGAACCUAACUUGCCUGACAUAUCAAGUCUUCGGACUACUUGUUUUGCAGCAAAAACAUUACCAUUAAGGCAGCUGAGUUCGAGUGUUAAAAUCAGGUUUUUUGCUCCUUUUUGAAACAGGUAAGGAUGAAAUGGGAAAACAAAUGUAGUAUUUCAAAACUAGGUCAAUUGUCAAGCAAUGUGUUUCAUCAGCGUAACUUCUGUGAACAGCCUUAUUUAAAAUUGAAUGUUGUGGCUUUGUGAAACAUGGGAAGGUAGGCUCCCUCUGCAUUAGAGGAAUCUUUGCAUUUAGUUUAAACCCAGUUCCAGUUCUUAAGUUAAACAGCAGCUUAUAAGAGACUACAUGAAGCUCCUCAAGACAUUUUUCCAUUGAGUACCUGAGAGCCAAAUUUCAACUUGGAACGGUAUAUAAAACAUAAGCCUUUGAAAUUCAUCAAAACUGAAGUUUCCCAUGUCUUCAGAGCAAAAAGUGAGAAACACAGUUCAGGCUGGCCUGCAGGUGAAUAUGAGAAAGCUGACAUUUCAGCUUCCAUUAAGAAAAUGGUGUUUAGCCCUUGUAAUUGAAAUUAUUGAAAAUUCUGAGGAAAUGCAAACCAUAAGCAGCUCUUUUUUUGGCUAGUAAAUGUCCACUUAAAUACAAUGAGAUGUUCAACUGAUCUGCGCCAACAAAUAUUAGUCCAGGCCAGGUAAUGAUUUAAAUAAAUAAAAAUUGCGUACUAUUCUUUAACAUUCCACUUACAAGUUCUCUCCAAGCCUUGAUUUUGCACUCCACUGCCUACUUUUGGGUUGCUUUUACCCCUCUGUGACAUCAGAGCAAUUCAGCCCAUGACUUUAAGAGAGGCAGAAUAGCCAGAGAGGAUAGUGUUCAUGGAAGAAAUCAAAAGCAAAGAAGUUAGGACAAGGAAAAAGGUUUAACAGAAUAAUGAAAAUCCAGCUUCAGCUAGUUAGAAAUAAUGUGACCAAAGUCAUUAUUGCCAGUUGUCAGGAUUCACCCUCCAUUUCCCACUCCCCCAAACCAGCUUGUAUGUGUGGGGAAACAAAUCUCCCCUUUCCUUCAAAGCUGUUUAGAGGAGACGGGCGGGGAAUGAUGCACUCCAAAGUUUUGUUGCCUUCCUAUCUCUUCCAAAUGAAGCUAUAGGAAUAGGGAGAUAGUUGUUUUCAGCAUUUCACUUGCCUCCCAACCAGGAGUUGGCUUGGGGAAGAACAACAGAACAGAGGCUACUUCCUUCCCUGUUAGAAUUCCAGCUCCUGGUUGGAGAUGAGAGAAGUCUGGAAACGUAGAAGCAAAACAGAAAUGUCUGCAACCCUGGUGAGAGCGAGAGAAUUACUGUCACUAGCUCCCCACAACACUCUAAAACUGUCAGGGAGGAGAAUCUGAGGUCUCACUACUCAUAUUCUGUCUUCUUGCUGUGUCCUGUUUCCAUGGCUUUUCUUUCUGUUAUGGGGAGAAGAUGACCCAGAAAGAAAAGGGGGUAGGCUGCAACAAGAGGGGGGGGGUAGUUGAUGGGAAAUAUUGGGGAAAGCCAACCUAAUGUGACAUUUCGUUGUACCUAUGAAAAUAGGUAUUCUGGUUUUGUUUAUUUUUCUUAAUUCAAUCUGAGAUGUUGCUGCUGCUGCUUGUAAGUUCUCCAUCUGAAAAAAGGAACACCAGUAAAAUUGUCUUUAAAUGGCUAUGUUUGUAUUCAGGUGUAAACUGUUAGUGACAUGAAACAGAUCCUUUGGGGGAAGAAAUGUAUGUGUGGUUUUAGCUAGUUGUUGGUGUGGCUAAAUAACACUGUAUUGGGCAAGUUUCAAGGUAUUGUUGACCAUAAUAUGCAUUUAUCACUAAAAACAAAGUUGCAGAGAAUUAAGAUUGGAGCAUCUAAAGGCCUCAUCAGCCAUGAAAGUCAUAUUUCCUUAAACUGAUAUACAAGUAUAUCUCCUGUACUAGGUAAUGGAAAGGCAGAUUACUUGUGUUGGUAACGAAGCAUGAAUGUUUUCUUUGACUUCUGAUUUCAUCUUGUUUGGCUAUCGGUGUCCUAUUUAGAUCUGCAAAUGAAAAUGAAAUGUUCCCCCAACAUGUAUCUUUCCUACCAUUCUAAUUCUGUCUGGAUAUUGUGUAAUGUGACUUCAUCACAGCGGUUCACUGCCAGUGGCAUGUGAUAUAUUUCUCUUCCGGGUUCACCCCUUGCUAGAGACUGGCUAUCCUGUUUUAUGCCAGUACUAGGGAUAAAGACGCCUAAUUUGGUAGACUGUAUGGCUAUAUGCUAUAUUUGCAAAGCCAAUGAUGUUUAUGUAAGACUUUAUAAUAAUCUUUUCCCUCUCAGUGCACACCAAUGUGUUUGGGCAUUUCCUGUUUUUCUAUUUUUUAUUUUAAUUAUGUAAGAUCUACGUCUGCAAAAAAUUCUAUUGAAUUUUUUUUACGAAAACGUUUUACUCACCUUUAUGGGACUUGCACACUUUCAAUAAAUAUUUCAAGUGAA